GCGACGUUGCUGCGAUACACACACCAACUGCUACUUUUAGCGACAUUAUUUGAGCCAGCCACCCUUAUUUUAGACAAUCUUUCCGCACAUUUUUGUCCGCAUUCAUUGUUCAAUAAUCCAGAUUGCAGCCAUGCCUCUUCCAGACGUAAUGUACUGUGCCCAGCAAAUCAACAUCCCUCCCCAGCUGCCGGACAUCCUCAAAAACUUCACUAAGGCAGCCAUCCGUACACAGCCCAAGGAUUUGCUGCUCUGGUCUGCGGCAUACUUCAGUGCGCUGUCUAAAGGAGAGUGUCUGCCUGUCAAGGACAGGCUGGAGAUGAAUGUUGCCACCCAGAAGACAGACACUGGGCUGUCUCCAGGUCUACUGAAGAUUCUCCAUAAACAGCUGUCCCCCAGGCAAACAUGCAGCAAGGAGGAACUGCAGGAGAAAUGGAAGGGUCUGUGUCUACCCAUGGAUCAGCUGGAGACCCUGAUGUCGCUGGGAAGCUUUGGCUCAGACAUUAACUGGAUGGAGUUUUUUGCUCUGGGCUGCAGUGCUCUGGGAGGGACCCUUGUGAGUUCCCUGAAGUUUGCCUGUGAGAUCUUGACAGAGGAUGAUGAGGGUGGCGCUGCAAGAAUCCCGUUCAACACCUUUGGCCAACUCUACAACUACCUGGCUCACCUGGACGGGGACAUGCCACAGGAUCACAUUGACAACUUCCUCUGCACCCUACAGACACAAGCGGAUCUCCAACACGGGAUGAUAAAACCUCUGGACUUUAUCAAUCGGGAUGAUAUGGACUCAACGCAUUCUGAUUCAACAGACUUUUCCAGAGCUGAAUAAGGACUAUGAACGAGAAAUUAUAAAGUCCUAUGUUUAACAGGGAAAGACAAACUUAUCCCUAAAAAAUCUACUAAUGAGUGCAGGGUGCAGCAUGUGUAUGUUGCUGUGACGAAAAGAGAUAUCCAGCUAGAAACGCCUGCCCACUACACUGUAUCUCAUGUAACUAAUGUGCUAGAAACACGGACAUCAUGCUAUUGACGUCACCCAAGGGAUGUCUCAAAGGGGGUAAUUUAGGUUUACACCUGGCCAUUAUCUUUAAACUGAGGUGGGAUGAACCAGCAGAAAGCUCCAGGGCUGCCUAU